AUGACUUCACUACGCGCCCCGCCGGCCGUGGAUCUCAGCGAGAAUAGAGGUCCCCCGAUGCGUACACUACUUAUCGCCAUGAUAGUUCUUCCCACUGUUGCCGUGUUGCUUCGAUUCUGGUCUCGAACGCUUUUGCCGGCGACUGGCAGGCUUCAGUCAGUUGGGAAGUUUUGGUGGGAUGACUGGAGUGCUCUCGUGGCUGCAGUUAGUUUCUCCCGAGCGAUUGAAAGAUCCAUCCGAUGCCCUAAUCGACUGCAGAUUUUCAACAUUGCCCUAUGUGGUAUGGGUUUGAAAAUGGUAGACCUUGGAAUGGGAAAGCAUAGUGAGGCCGUUCCCCCAGGCAACGUCAAUCCGUUUCUCAAAUUGCUCUGGGUCCAGUACUACAUCUUCGACACAGGCACCUCUGUUGCGAAAGCCUCUGCCCUCUUCUUCUAUGUACGAGUCUUCACCCAGAGCGCUCCCCGCUUCCGAUAUGCCCUGCUUGUAGUCCAUGCGAUGAACGCCAUCUGGCUACUUGCCAUUCUACUCGCGGUCGUCUUUGAGUGUAACCCGAUCCGGAAAGCAUGGACCCCUGAGUUACCAGGCACAUGCAUCAGCACCGACAAGCUAUGGUUGGGAAGCGGAAGUACUAGUCUCAUCAUUGAUGUGAUUAUCCUAGUAAUCCCGAUGCCAACGCUGUGGCAACUACAAUUGAAAACUUCGCGCCGGAUCCUCAUUAUUGGGGUCUUCGUCUGUGCAUAUAUGUAA